CAUCAUCUUCAUCAUCUUCAGCCAUUUUGUUAGAGGUGUUGACAUUCAACCGCUGAGUUCGAAAUUUCGGACGAGCUAACGAGUGGCUAAAUACGUUAGCUCCGGCAAAAUGGCGGCGAACACGGCACAGCAAACCCCGACCCAAAACUGGCCCUAUGGUAGUAAUUCAAGUGGAGAAGGCCAAGUCCAUGAGAACCCAGAAUGGGAAAAAGCCAGACAGGCUUUAGCCUCCAUCAGUAAAAGUCAGAACUCUACCAAGACAUCACCAACCAAUCGCACUAACCAACAGGCCGGACCUUAUCAGGCAACAGACUCUUCUGCAAUGCAGCAACAACAGCAGCAGCAAUACUAUCAACAGUGGUAUCAACAGAACCAACAACAGUAUCCUGGUUACCCAUAUCCCUAUAACUACUACUACCCCAUGCCUCCGUAUGGAGGACCAUAUCCUCCAGGACAGUAUGGUGUUCCAGGGGGCUACCAGACACCAACUACCCCCACUGGACAGGCCCCUGCCAUGCCUAUGAUGGAAGAUCAGUCCUCCAACUAUUCGUCCCAGCCCCCUCCUCCUGCAACCCCUCAACCACCCCCUCAGAGUCCUACAUCCACUGACCAGCCCCCGCCCCCUCCUCCACCCCCUAUACCUCCCCCACCCAAUGCCCAGUACCCCCCUCCACCAUCCCAGACCCCCUACAGCCCUAAUGGUACCCUGCCAUACAGCCCCACUGAUUCAAACCCUAUGAUGCAGGGCUACAAUUCAGGGCAGAUUCGGCCAGGGUACCAGGGUUACCAAACUCCAUCAUAUCAGUCUCCUCAGCAGCAGGCUCCAGGACAGGGUCCAUACGGAGGCCCAGGCAGGGUUGAUGCUAAGAAACCUAAUAAUAACAAUAUGAACAAAGGUGGCCAGCAGCUGUGGCAACGCAUGAAACAGGCUCCUGGAGCUGGUGCUGUCAAAUUUAAUAUACAAAAACGCCCAUACGUCAUGGCCAAUCAGAACUUCCCUUUAGGUGAUCAGGUCCCUGGAUUGGCUUCCCCCAAUGCAAAUCCACCACCUGGGACUGUUGCUACAACCUCUACCACUUCCACAGGAAGCGCUCAAACUCGGCCUCAGGACUGGCCACAGGCCAUGAAAGAGUAUGUACAGCGCUGCUUCACAGCCUGCGAAUCUGAAGAGGAUAAGGACCGAACAGAAAAAGUCUUGAAAGACCUUCUGCAGUCCAGACUACAGGAUGGCUCUGCUUACACCAUCGACUGGACCAGAGAACCACUGCCAGAUUUGAAGCCGAAGCAGUCUCGCUGGGAGGCGGUUCCUCAGCGUUCUCAGGAGAAUGCUAUUGGGAGAGGUGGAGCCACCCGUGGCAGAGGCGGGGCCAGGUUGGGUAACUACAGAAAUGUCUUUUCUCAAAGAAGCCCCUCUUCCAGCUCCUCCCGCUCAUCCCGCUCCUCGUCACGAUCCCCGUCGCCUCACGGUCGACACAGGGACAGAAGUAGACAUCAUCGCAGUGACUCUGGGUCUCAGUCAGACAGCAGCAUGUCAAGUGAUCCUCGACUUCCACUGUCCCGGCGUCAACAAAAGGCCGGCCGAGGCCGUGGGGGAGAAAGGGAUCGAGGUAGAGGAGCUGCGGGAGAGAGAGGCAGAGGAAGAGGCAAAGCAAACAGAGGGCGAAGGAAUAUGGAAGACCUCGCCUGCGGUGUUGGUAAAAAGCGGAAAGGAGGCAAUGCAGGGCUUGACUUUCACGACCCAAAUCGCGAAGCGAAGAAGCAGAGCCGUGCAGCACGCUUCCACACUAAACUGCGCACUGAGCCCCUGGUGCUAAAUAUCAAUGUUUUCGACCUCCCCAAUGGCACCCAAGAGGGACUGAGUUGGGAUGAAUGCCCCAUAGUUGGCACCUGCCAAGACAUCACCAAAAACUACCUGCGCCUAACCUGUGCCCCUGACCCUGCAACCGUCAGACCCGUAUCUGUUUUGCGAAAGUCCCUGAUUGCAGUUAAAUCUCAUUGGAAAACCAAUCAGGAUUACUUGUACGCAUGUGAACAAAUGAAGUCAAUACGACAGGAUCUCACUGUUCAAGGUGUGCGUACGGACUUCACCGUGGAGGUGUAUGAGACACAUGCUCGCAUCGCUCUGGAAAAGGGCGACCACGAGGAGUUCAACCAGUGCCAGACCCAGCUGAAGGCACUGUAUAAAGACUGCCCAUCGGACAACGUGGGAGAAUUCACUGCCUACAGAAUUAUCUACUACAUCUUUACUAAAAAUUCUGGAGACCUGACAACUGAGCUUGUGUACCUGACCCCUGAGCUCCGUGCUGAUCCGUGUGUAGCUCAUGCUCUUGAGCUCCGUACUGCCUGGGCGCUUGGAAACUUCCACCGGUUCUUCAAACUCUAUCAGAAUGCUCCACGUAUGGCUGCUUACCUUAUCGAUAAGUUUGUGGAGCGUGAAAGAAAUAUAGCGUUGAGGGCCAUCCUUAAAACGUUCAGGCCCUCUGUGCCGGUGGAGUAUGUGCAGUCCAGCUUGGCCUUCCCAGAUUUAGACUCAUGUUUAGCAUUUCUAACAGGGCUUGGGGUUACAUUUACCCCGUCUGACCCAAGCAAAAUAGAUUGUAAAAUUAGCUCAGCCAAUCUUACAGCCUCAUAGUAUGGGGAGUGGGUGGGGACAACCAGAGAAUUUUCAUUUAUAUAUCUUAAAAAGACAGACUGUAGAUAAGGGACCAGAUAUCUGCAUAAUAGACACACUCACUCUAGUGCUGAUCAUAUUUAUGAAAGAUAUCUCAGAUUUUAUAACUCUUGUAGAGUGAUGGACUUUCUGACAGAUGGAUAGAUGACACAGCACACACAGGGAUUUAGGUGCCAUAUUCAAGACCCACUAGAGCCUAUUCACACACCCCUUUUCGUGAAAUAUCAGGCAACUGAUUUAACUUGUGCACACUCCCUUACAGCAAUAGAAAAAGAGGCAAAGAUCUGAUGGGGUCGGGUCAGCAGAUCAUGUCAGGUCCCACAUCACAGAGCUCAAAAAGCAUUUAAGCUAACAGUGUUGUGUUCUCAUGUUUCUUUCCUCUCAAGCAAACAGCCGCAAAGCUCAAGACCAGAAAACGUCACGGUUAAUCCAGAAUAUAAUCUGAGCCAGUUUCCACCAACAACGUACCAGCUCAUCAAGCCGCCUCCUGCAAAGUUUUGGUCAUCUAUAAUGGACUUUAAAGCCAAGUGAGCUUCAAUGCAAUCCUUCAAGCAAGAAGAGGAUGGUUUGUAUUCCCUAUCUUUCUCUUUGCCUGAGAUGUCUUCAGUGAGUAACUGGUGGAGGUGCUCUGUUAGAUCUCCCGCCUCCCGUCAUCUCUAAGAUCCAAAUGCUGAUAGCGUGUAAUAUUUGGACUGAGCUAUGUCAACACAACCACCCUAAGAAAUGCAGAUUAGGCCUUGUUCCACAACAUAAGUUCCCACACAGUCUCCUGCGCAUCAUCAACACAAGAAGCUGGCCUUCGUUAGUCAUAGAUACCCUCCUAAUUGUUCCUCAACACCCAGGAUACACAGCUCAGUGACUCAAUCUGUCUGAAUAGGGCCAGCCCUUUUAAAAGUCAUCCACGUCCACUUAGGCCAUUCAUUCGCUAGAUUUCACCACCGGCUUCUGAAGAUCAAAGUCCCCUACAAACCAUAGAAGGUCCCUACGCCUAACACGCAAGAAAAAGCAAGCUCAGUUUUCCUUCACAGCAAGUUGCCAGCUGUCAUCGCUCCAGAUGGUGAUAUCCACUAGUCACCUCACUCCUGCAAGGGUGUCCACUCGCCCACUGGGGUUUGGAAAAGCAUGGGUUUGUAUGGCUCCUUAAGCUUUGGCCACGUCUACUGGUAAUGGCUGGUAAGAAGGACUUGAUGUUUCGAGAAGCAUGGUGGAUCUUCAUUCAGCUUGGGAUGAUUGGCUUGGUAUCUGUUAACCCUUCUGGCAGGUUGGGAAUUUGUCCUUUCUCAUUUUAAAACGGGCCUAAUACCGAGCCUUGCUGCACCCCUUAUCUGAAAGAUUGACACAGAAAUAUCCAUACUAAAAAAGUUUAAAAGAUCUGCUUAUUUUAGAUGGAUAUUACUGUAAUACAGUAGCAAAUCUCAGAGAUAUGGUAUCAUGGUCUUAAUCUAGUCAAUUUACACACAAAUGCAUUGUAGUAGUUAAAGUAUUGCAACGUUCAUCUAACGCUCAUUGAUUUCUUGACGGACUUUGAAAUUGGAGUUGCCACUUAUCAGUUCCAUUGUAAGUGAGCAAGGAGCAUUUGCUAUUGACGUAAUCAGGUUUAUUGAAUGUUAUUAAGAUCUAGCACGGGUCUGAAAUAUGUGUGCUUUUGCAAGAUGUGCUCAGGGCCACUACGAGCAGAAAGCAACACCUCAUUGGUGAAAUAUGUACAUAUGUUCUCAUGUAAAUAAUGUGUAAAGUGAGAUUUAUUUCUUUUUCCUUAUAGUUGCUUUGAUUUCAUAGCUUAUUUUGGUUUGUUUGUACAAUGGUAAGUGUCGUUUUGAACUAUACAGUAAUUUUGCUGGCAGUUUUAGAAGUUUAAAUAUAUUUUGGGUGGUGACCAUGUGCACAUUCAUGCUGUUUAGUGCAAAUAAUUGACUUCAUGUUAAAAUUCUUACAUUUUUUGUUCCCAUAGACAUCAAUUACAUGUUAGAAACUAAAACAUCAAAUCUACACUCGUGAAGAAGUCAGGGAUUCAUGAAUUGAUAAAAAUGCCAAAUCUUUCACUUUCUUACGCAUUUUUUGUCAUAUUUACUUACUUUUUCUUAAGUCAUCUUAAAUUUACUCCCUUCCGUUUUGUUUAGCAUUGUCCGUGUUUCCCUAUUCAGCUUUUCUUGCUCUCAUACCUGUAAAAAUUCACUUAAGAGACAAAAGUAUUCAACAGUAAGAGAAAGAUUUGGUUUGAAUGCUGUUUUGUUUUUUUCUUUUUUUUUUUUUUUCUUUCCCCCAAGAUACUGCUUAUUUGCAGUUUAACUGAUGUGAAGUUGGGAAAUGGUUAUAAACAAUCAAUUACAGUAUUUUUAGCUCAUUUUGUUUACCUUAGAGCUUUAUCUUGUAUUUGGUUGUACAUUGUAAAUGAAUUCUUUGCUGGUUGCCACACUGACUUUGCUCUCCUCUCCUCCUCAACCUUCAACCCCUCCCACCUCCUUGUUCUCCUCUCUCUCCUCCUGCACUCCUUCAUUACCAGAUUCUCUCUCUCUUCUUGCAGUCAUGCACAUUCGGAGCAAAGCAAGAGAUGAAAAGAUGAGGGCAAAACUAAUCCAGAGGCACACUGGAAAAUGGGCAUUGAGAAAUCCAGACAUCAGCCAAAUGAGAUUCUUCAUUGUGUCUGUUGUUUGUCUGAUGCAUUUGUCAUUUUGAGGAGAGCCUGGUGAUUUCAGUUUGCAAUGUUUUUCUUCAUGCCGAUCUCUGAAGCUUUUUGAAAACGUGACAAAAACACCAUGUCAGUCUGAAAAUUAUGUAUGGGAUUUAUUUUAGGAUUUGCUCCAUUUAUUAGAAUUGCUGCUGUAUGUUCAGGUCUGUCUUUUGUCUUAACAUUGCUUUUUUUUUUUACUUUAAUUUGAUAGGGGUUUUGUUUUGACUGCUUUUUUUUUUUUUUUUUUUUUUUUCCUUUUUGCUGCAAUUACUGUUGUUUACUGCUGUUUUGUUUUUGACUGAGGUUUCUUAUUUUUAACUUUGGGGUUUAAUAUAAGCUGUAGAAUUGCAUACUAGACAUACCUGGACAUACAGAUGAUUAAACAUUUUCUACUCAUGUAAGCUCUAAGCAGAAGGUUAGAGAAAAUCUUGCAGUAAUGUCUCUCAGGUCUCUAAUGAUUGUUGAUUGGCUGCCCAUAAUGCAUAUUAUUUAACGAUUGUCCGAAGCAAUGUUAAUCGUCUCAAUUUAUACCACUGUUUUCUUUUGUUUUCUUUUAUGAAAUGUAUUUUUAGCCCUGUGUAAUGUUUUCACAGCAGUAUUACUAACAGUCUCAUCCCUCUCUUCACGUGUUGCCUGUCCUCUUGCAUAUCUAAUUUCUUUAACUUCUUUCCUCUGCAUCAGCUCUGGUUUUCUUUCUGAUCAUAUUUUGUUGUUUAGAUUUGCCGCUCUACGUGUUCUUACAUCGUUUCAACUUUAGCCAUUUACUUUUUUGCUUUUUGUCUUCUUUAAUUCUGCAUGUUCCUCUUCUGUCUCCCUCUUCUUUCCUCUGAGUUGUGUAAUGCAAUGUUGUGAUUGGUUUAUAUGUAGUCAGUGCUUGGCAGUAAGUAUUAUUUUUCGAUUGGACUGUACUUGCAACUGUUUCUUCUCUUACAGCUCAACCUCACAAAGCCCUAAUGUCUCUCUGCCCUAUCUAGAGCUCCGUGUGUUAAUAUACAGUGGAGUUCACAAAGAAAAUACUGCCGUUUGUAGAUGCUGAUCUGUACAUAAUGUACUUACUUUCUUAUCUUGAAAGAAAAAUAAAGAAUUAAAUCUCA